AUGGAUCGGGCAUCUGAGGAAUUGGCACGGCAAAUGGCUGCGAAGAUGGCGGUCGGUCCUGGAGAUGCUGCUCUGGCCUACGAUGUCUACGGUAAAAUCCACACCGUCAAACUGCAGUACGUACAGUAUAAAGAACGCGUCGGUAUUCGGCCAGGCCAAAUAUCGAGGCUCGUCGAAGGGCAUGUCACAAAAUAUGGGUUACCGUUGGAGCAUUCGGCACAGUGUAAUGUGUUGCUGAAGUUUGGCUCGCUGAAUGCCGAUGAGUUGCAAUCGUUUGUGAACACGAUUGAGGAUGUGCUAUUUAAAUGUCCGGCGAAGAGGGACACGAAGCCGCAGUAUAAGCAAGAUGAGGUUCAGAUCCACUGCUACGAUGAAUACACAGCACACGUCGAUAAACUCGGAAUCGUCUCGGACCAACGAGCCAGAGUGCGCAUGUUCUGUCUGGCCUUCGUUUCCGGUUCCCCCUUCCUUGAAAUUGGCCUCAAUGACAGAAGACGACAAGGAAAGGAAAUCGUCCGACGAAAAGACAUCCUGCCCAUGUAUACCGAACGCUGGAUCCGAUUCGAAAACCUCGAGUUCCACAACACUGUCGAGCAGCCAGCUUUCGAAAGUGAACAGGUCAUCCGACUACAGCCACCAGAUGGAUGUUUCUUUGAGAUCAUGCGCUUCCGAGUCCGACCACCAAAAAAUCGUGAAAAGGCAUUGACGGUGAAGUGUAUUAUGAAGAUUGCUGGUUCCAAGGUCGAAAUCCGUAUGGAAGCGAUGGCUGCUGCUCAAGUCGAAAGAUUCCCGAUUCCGGAAGCUUGGAUCUAUAUCUUCCGCGAGGAACGACAUUGGGGCGUUGGAUCUGUGCAUUCCAAGAAGUUGAGGCCCGGCAAAGUCAAGAAUUUGAAAGAUCGGCUUCUCGGAGCUGUACAACAAAACGAGAGCAACUUGAUUGAGUUAAUGCGAGAAUUCGUCGCUUACCUACUUUUCAUAGCCGUCACCCAAGCCAAAGCACCAAAACCCAGAUGCAAAGGCGACAUCGAUCCAAAUUUGGUUGGCCGCUGCUUACGACCGUUAUUAGACAAAUGGGAAUCUGUAAAAGAAGAGGAAAGCCAUGCGACCAGGAUGCGAUUUCCGAUAAUCUUCUAUACCCGAAAUUCCCUCCUUGAACUCUGUGCCAUAUAUUCAACAAUCGAAGACGAUUGCCUAAUGAUGGAAAUGGGGCAAAAGUGCUCUGGUGAUGAGUUGAUUAUGUAUGCAAAUGCACAUUUUCGAUUUUGGUGCGGGCCAACGGCGCCGUUGGCUUUAGUUCAUUUCGAGAGGGAAAUGAGCUAUCUAAACCGAGCGAAUGCCACCGGAAAGCUGACAAUGGAUUUGGCUAGAAAAUACAUCCGCAAUGAAUUGACGCUCCAAAAGCUUGCCGAAAUCGAAAAGUUGGAUAUGGACGCGCAUUUUUUACAGAAAAAGGCGGAAUUCGUUGAAACACCCGCCAAACACCAGGUUUUUAAAGACACUGAAAAUGGGUGCACAAAAGCCAUGGAAAAUGCUGUAACGAAUUGUUAUUUACCAAUCGCUGAUCGGAUUCAAGAAUUAACAGCGAGUGUGGCCCCGCCAAUACGAUUACCACUGUAUAAUUUUAAUGGAAAUGAGAUAACGGAACUCUGUAGUCUACUCGAGCAUACGAAACGUAAAUGCAUAUCGGCUGAAGUACUGUUGCGUUGUGAUGAGCUAAAGUUCAAUUUUCCGAUUUAUCAAUAUACAAAAGUCGAGCUUUUGGAGUUGUGCGAUGGCUAUGCAAAUACGUUCCUUUGCGCAGGAUUUGAGCCAAUUGAGCAGUGCUUGGCUGAGGACAAGAUUCGAUUAGCACAAGAUCAGCUCGGCUAUCUCUGCAGUCCAAAUCACAUUGGCACCUUUAUGCGGCAUUUUGAUUGCAUUUUCCAUGUGAAUGCCGAGACGUCGUCUUGUCGGGCGUUCCUUGAAACUACAAUUUCGAGGACUAACACGGAGCGAUGCGUGGGAGUGAAAAAGUAUCGUGAAUGUUUACUGCCGGAAUUGAAAGAACAUUGCGAUCGGGGCGCUGGAGAUGAAUUUGAGGAAACAAUAUUGCAAUAUGGAUUCCUUCGGGUUCUCGCCGGCAUGGGUGUGAAUUUUGAUUGUGCGAGCCGGGGAGAAAUUGAGCAGGUUCUCUCACUGGGUGUGUCUCCGGAUCGUAUCAUCUUUGCCAAUCCGGCAAAACCAGCUUCUGAUAUUCAACGCGCGUUGCGUGUGCUGACCAUCCUCAGCAGCAAGGUCAUACAUAUCUUUCCCGUCCCCUUAAAACAGAAUAUCCCCAUCCACAAGCUCUACUAUCAUCUCGAACCCCUAAAAAGG